AUGUCCGUCAACAUCCCCAUCAACCAGGUCGACCCGACGGCGCCCACCCCGCAGAACACCCCCCUCACUCACGCCCCGAUCGCCCAGGGCCUUUCGCGCCCGACGGUGCCCGAUAUCACGGAGGGCGACGAGGGCGAAGAGGCCGAGGAGCUCGGCGGCACGAUGCAGCAGGCGAUGCUCGGGCUUGUCCACGGCAAGCUCACCGGGCUCGUCGGCAAGAGCUCGGGGUACGUCGAGAGCCUCCCGGUCGAAGUGAAGAAGAACGUCGAGGCGCUCAAGGGCGUGCAGGUCAAGCAGGUCGAGCUGCAGAACCAGUACAAGCGCGAGUGUCUCGAGCUCGAGAAGAAGCCGCUGUAUGACCGCCGUCUGGCGAUCAUUACUGGUACGGCACCCCCUACCGCCGAGGAGAUCGAGGCCGGCGAGAAGGCAUCCCUCAAGGAUGAUCCCGACUACGUCUCGCUCCCCGACGACGUCCAGCCCUCAGCGACGGGCAUUCCCGAGUUCUGGCUCACCGCCCUCCGCACACAUGUCCAUCUCGGCGAAAUCAUUACCGACCGCGACGCGGAGGCCCUCAAGAGCCUCAAGGAUGUCCGCCUCGAGUACCUCCCAAGUUCGGAGCCUCGGCCUGGCUUCAAGAUCCUCUUCCACUUCGGCCCCAACGAGUUCUUUGAGAAUGAAGUCCUCGAGAAGACGUACCUCUACCAGGAGGAGGUCGGGUAUAGCGGUGACUUCAUGUACGACCGCGCCGUUGGGACGGAGAUUAAGUGGAAGGAGGAGAAGGAUCUGACGAAGAAGUUCGAGGUCAAGCGGCAGCGCAACAAGAACACGAACCGUACUCGUCUGAUCAGGAAAGCACGCCCUAUCGCUUCGUUCUUCAACUUCUUCUCGCCCCCUUCGCCCCCUUCGCCGGAGCUGGUUGACAGCGGCGACAUGGAUGAGGACGAGCUCGAGGAGCUCGAGGAGAAGCUCGAGAUUGACUACCAGCUCGGCGAGGACUUCAAGGAGAAGAUCAUUCCCCGUGCCGUCGACUACUUCACGGGCAAAGCCCUUGAGUAUGAAGACUCUUUCGAUGAUGACGACGAAUUCGAAGACAUGGAUGACGAUGAGGACGACGAGGACGACUUUGAGGACGAUGAUUCCGACGACGACGAUAUUCCGGCGAGGAGACGUGGCCCGCCCAAGGGCCGCGGCGCCGGUGGCAACCAGAGCACUGACCCUGAGGAGUGCAAGCAGCAGUAA